ACGUGCUAAAAUGAAAACUAAAACUGCAGUGGUUUGCGCCUGUGCCAUCCUCAUGGUUUUUCUUAUAGUUGAAUCUUGGUGUGCUCCAAAGAGCAAACUCAUAGCAAGAAAUUGGGGCCCACAAUCAAUGCUAUACCUCAAAGGACGAUAUGGUAGAAGAUAUGCUUCUGACAGUGAAGAGCAAUAUUACAAGCUUGACCUGGAGGACUUAAAUGCAGUGUUAAAAAGUUAUAAAAAUUCAACACCAGUGAAAUUUAUGAACAUCAAAAGAAGAUUAACUGCUCAAAAUAUGGACAUUAACUACUUGGAAUAGAACAAAUAAGUUUACUUUACCUGCUGCUAAUUUCUCAUCAUGCUGUAAAAAUAAAAACAAAUAUGUUAACUUAAAAAAGUUACUGUAAAUGUCACUGUGAAAAGUUCCAUUAAA